GUGCCGACUAUUUAGAUGUACACCGUACGCGGAUCAAAUCCCAGGCUUGUGGGCCCCAUCUACCGUUGUCGCCGCCUCCGAUUCAGCUUCUCUAUCUCUCUCCAGUCCUCUUACUGCAAGCAAUAUAAUCCACAAAAAACUAAUGGCCCCUUUCUCAUUGCCAUCUCCAACUCGCCCCUUUUCAAUCUCUGCAGCAUUUUAGAAACGAAAUCUUCAAUCGAAAUCGCUGAGAUAGGAGAAAUGGCCGAGCCGAUUCAGCGAUUGAAAUCAGGGUUUGAGCACUUCAAGAAAGAAAUCUACGAGAAGAAUCCCGAGAAAUUCCGCCAAUUAUCUGAAAGCCAGAGUCCAAAGUUUUUGAUCUUUGCGUGCGCGGACUCGCGUGUGUGCCCGUCAGUAUUGUUCAACUUUCUGCCAGGAGAAGCCUUCAUCAUUCGUAGCAUUGCCAAUAUAAUACCUCCAUAUGACAAGACAAGAUACUCGGGCACUGGAGCUGCCAUUGAAUACCCUGUCGUCUUUCUCAAGGUGGAGAAUAUUAUUGUUAUCGGCCACAGUCGCUGUGGAGGUAUCAAAGCGUUGCUCUCUGCCCAAGAUGAUGGCACCCUUAGCACUGAAUUCAUAGAGGACUGGGUGAAAACAGCAAAUCCAGCAAAAGAAGUAAUAAAGGAAGCUCACUCUCAUCUCUCCUUUGAAGAUCAAUGUUCUAAAUGCGAGAAGGAGGCAGUGAAAGUAUAUCUUGAGAACUUGAAGACUUAUCCUUUUGUUAAAGAAGGCUUGGAGAAGAACACUCUCUCUUUAUUUGGAGGUUACUAUGACUUUGUCAAUGGUAGUUUUGAGACUUGGGAGGCUUAGACCAUUGCUUAGUGCUUCCUCAACCCCUACAUCUUCAACUAUUAUAUUAAUUAUAUUAUUUGUGGCUAUAAUUUAUAUAUUUUGUCUUUGUGUGUAUUUGAAUUAUGUAAUGACCCUUAUUUUCAUCUCUAAAAUGUGUGUUUAAAUUUCUCCUUACUGUGGUAUUGUAAAGAAUAAGAUUUCCAAAUUUAAUGUAGAUUUCCUUUUCUUUAUUCA